CCCUGCAGUUCAAUGGCAUCGGGAUGUCCCCGCAAGCCGAGGCACAGCUGGCGUGUUCUUCUGGAGCACCACGUGGAGCUGGGAAGACGAUCCUGGAGCUGGCCGCUGGCGGGGCAAAGCCGACCGGCUUUGGCUGCGGCCCCUUCCUGGAGGACACGCUCUGCACCCUGAUGAAAUCAACAUGAGUCCCCAGCUGGCGCAGGGGCGGGGGGAUGCUCGUGCUUCCAGGCAUGGCAGGGCUCGGCCUGGCCACGCGCCGCAGGAAGAUUAUACCCGGUGCCCAGACUGGACGGGGAAGCGCCUGCACCGUCCGUGGAGCACAUCCAGUGCCAGCGCUACCCCAGGGGCCACAGCCUGCGGGGACAUCCCCUUCAAGAAGGACGAGGCCCUCGUCUGGGAUCGGCUCCUCUCCUGGCAGCAGGUCUGCAGAGGCUGCCAGCACCUCAUGCCAUGGAAACGGCUCCGCUCGGCCUGCCAGGCUGGGAGGGCUGGAGGGCGGGAGGUGUUCAUUUGCUGUCGAAAAUAA